AUGAGCUUUGUCCGGUUUGUUGGGAAGGCCUCCUGCUUCACCCCAGAAGGCUCCCCGAACCCAUCCUCGGUACCUCACACCACCAGCAUGGCAGCACUGCAUGGCCAUAGCAUGUCUAAAUCUGGCAUCGGCCGGGAUUACAUUACAGAUGUCUACAUUGGACCACCUCGACGGCCUCCUCAACGGCCUCCUCGAUGGCCUCCAUUACCCACAUCCAGACAUACACGAGGGACAUCACUUCCACCUCUAGUUAUCCCGAACAAUGCAUCUCCAGCACCGAGACCGCUUUCUGAGUUCCGGCCCAAGGAAGAGUCCUCUACCGUGUUUCUGAACUUUUCACUUCCACGGCCUGUUGCCUGCAGAAAGAAAUCAAGCGUGGACAUCACCGCAUCCAACACACAGUCAACACAUCUUUCUGUACCAAACACCAACUCAACACAUGGCGAAAACAAUUACUCCUCGUCCAACGCUGGCUGGGUUCCACCUCCCCCAAAAUCACCACAACGACCCUCAACGGCCAGGGGACACUACAAAAUACCCCCUCGCCCGAAAUCACCACAACGACCCUCAACGUCCAGGGGACACCACCAAAUACCCCCUCCCCUACCAACACCAAACCGACCUCUAUCAAGUGGAUCAGACUCAUCACCAUCACGGCCCCUCUCAUCAGGAUCCGACCAAGUCCCAGAACUUGAACCAGACGUUUACAAUGACGACGUCAGCAUCAUCUCCGACGCAACCCAAACACCUCCACCACCCACCUACGCGCCUCCCUCACCACCAGUCAAAUCACCCCUCCGUCCCUGGUCCGUAGGAUCCACCUACUCUCAAGUCUCGUCUUCAUCACCUUCUUCUUCUUCUUCAGGAUUCCCACUGCACCGCUCCAGCUUCUACCCCGGCAAGCGCAACCCGCCACCCCGCAUCAACUUCCGCCCCUCCUCCCAGGCUUACUACCCCACGAGCAGAAAGAGCGUGCCCAACCUCCGACGACAACAGUCAGAGUCAGCAGACGACUCGACGGGGUCCGAAGACAACGACACAACAACAACAACUACCACGGGAACAACAGGAAAUGCAAGACGGCAGCCAAAGACUUACAAGCUCGACACCCGAAGCCGCCGCCGCCGCGGAAUGAGCCCGUCGGAUGUAGACCUGGAUGACCCCACCGCCCGUGAAUGCAGCAAGGCCGAAGCCGAGGCUUUCACACAGCUGAUUGGCAUCAUUGAUCGGUUUAACGCUAGGGAGGGGGGGUCGCCGUCUGUACCUGAUCGGUUGGCGAGACGGGUGUCGUCGUUGCAUUUGCGGGUGGCGACGCCGGUGUUUGAUCCGGCGGAUGAGCAGAGGGAGCUAUGGGCAAAGGGCUUGAGGAAGGUCAGCCCGACUGUGUAUGUGGCGGAUGUGGACAGCGUUUGGGGGUAUUAUUUUGAUGAAGAUACUAGUCCUAUCUGAGAGAGGGGAGUGAUUAAUGGUUAGGGGACACUGAAGAAAUAGGCAAUGUCGGGCAGGGACUUUUGCAUAUGGGUACACAUGGAUGGAGUUAAUUUGUAUUUUUAGGGGUUUUGUACAUAUGAUACCAACUGGCUGAUGAUAAUGAACAUAGGAUAC